UGUCACUCGCAUGUGCUUACAAAUAUUUUAAAAUGACCUUAUACUUGGUGUCCAAGUAAAAUUAACUCUAUGGUCACUAUAAGAUGCUUAUACUUAUAACCAAAAUCUAAAUCAUCCUUGUCUCUCUUUCUAAUCAAACUUUUGUGUUUCUCAGUCCCUUAUUUCUUAUUUUAGGACAUCCAUUUCUUACUUGUUGUAUUUCUGUUUCUUAUUCAAAGUGCUCGAACCAGAUAUCUCUAAUUAAUUAAGAGCGGAGGAUUCUAACUAUUCUACCACACCUUUAGGCCAAAAUGGAUGUCUCCAACACACAACAAAAUCUUGCAACUUCCCAACCAAACUAUGAUAAACAAAGUGAACUAAAAGCCUUUGACGACACAAAAGCUGGUGUCAAAGGGCUGAUUGAUGUUGGGAUUACUAAAGUACCUCGAAUAUUCAUUCAUCCAGAGGCCUUAGAAAACCCCUCGAGCCCCAAAAAAACAAGUUUUAUUUUCCCAUUAAUAGACCUUCAAAACAUGAAUAAAGAUCCUAUUAAGCACAAAGAAAUAGUAAGCAAAAUUAGAGAUGCAGCUGAAACAUGGGGUUUCUUCCAAGUGAUCAAUCAUGGAAUUCCAGUGUCAGUAUUGGAUGAAAUGUUGCGAGGGGCACGUCGUUUUCACGAGCAAGAAAUCGAUGUUAAGAAGCCAUACUAUAGUCGAGAUGUGGCGAGGAAGGUAAUGUACAACUGCAAUUUUGAUCUGUUUAGUGAGAAACCUUUAGCAGCAAAUUGGAGAGACUCACUUUAUUCUGUUAUGGCUCCAACUCCUGCUAAGCCAGAGGAAUUGCCUGAGACGUGCAGCUCAUAUCAAAUGACAAGUACAAAAGCAUAGAGCACAGAGUGUUGACAAAUAAAGUUGGCCCAAGAAUAUCAAUAGCAAGCUUCUUCGGCACAGGGCCUUUGGCAUCUUCUAGGAUUUAUGGACCAAUUGAGGAGCUAUUAUCAGAAGAUAAUCCUCCAAAGUAUAGAGCAACUACAUUGAAGGACUUCUUUGAAUACUCUAGCCAGAAAGGACUUGAUGGCAAUUCUAAUUUGUCUCAUUACAGAAUCUGAAACUUAGAUGUUGAGUUGAAAUAAUGUUUUUAUGAUUUAACUGGUACGUGUGAAUGGAGAAUGGAAGAGGCGCCUCUUGGAUUGUACCUCUCCGUCUCAUCAUUUUAUUAUCUAUAAAUUUAGGGGCUUGACCUCAUUUUUACA